AUGGCUCAAAAUCGUUUUAUUGAGGCACUUCAGAAUUUGGUCAACUCUGUAGCCAACUCAUUCAACGACCUUCGACGAGAGUCUGUGGAUCCUGAAUAUUGUCAGAGAUGUCAUCAAGCGUGUGUUGACACUAUCAAAUAUUUCAACACUAUCCUGCAAGAUCCACAAAGCACAGUACAGGUUAGAAGGAGUGUCCAGGCAAGUAUUGUAGUUUUGUGUUGGUAUGCUGAUCAAUUUUUGAGAAUCAGCGGUGAAGUUGUUGGCGGCGAUUUGAGUACGCAUAAUCGUCACAUUAAAUGGCAAGACCUCGAGAAUGCAUUUGGAAAUAACAUCAAGACUGGAUCUGUUAUUAAUCGUGAUCACACAGAUCUGCGUUCAUUUUUGAAUGACUCUCGCACAGUAGUCUUUGAAAAAAUUGAAGAAAUGUUGAGAGAUGUUGCAGGUCUUAAAGUAAGCGUUGAAUUGUUUUGUAGAUUUAAAAACGCUAAAUCUGAUACAAUUCAUGAAGAGACAAAGUCCUUCAAUACAAAAAGCUGUGAAAUCCUGCCUGCAACUUCUCUCAACGAUUGGUAUACUGACAAGGUAUAUGAGAAACUUUUGAGAAAAGUUGAAGAGUUUAACCAAAAAGACUCUGGUUGGGCUUUGACAGAGAUUAACAAUUUGGUGAUCACUAUGUCAAAAUAUACUCCUCUCCGAGCAGGCGGCUCAACAUACAUACAGCUACCGAGGGACAUCCAACUUAAGCAUGCAGUACUCAACAUUGAAAACUUCGAUGACUACUGCUUCUUAUGGUGUGUGACUGCUGCCCUUUAUCCUUGUGAGUGGGGAAAUCAUUCUGAAAGAGUAACAUCAUAUCCUCACUUCAGCUCAGUGCUGUCCUAUGAAGGUAUAAAAUUUCCCAUUUCUCUCAAAGAUAUACCGAAAUUUGAAAAAUUAAAUGAUUUGACUAUUAAUGUUUAUGGUAUUGAAUCUGAAUUUACGAGAAAAAACUCAUCAAAAAGCAAAAUAAUUCCGUUAUACUUAAGUCAUCUUAAGUCUGAUGGUAAAGUAAUUCAUCUUCUGAUGAUAAAUCAAAAAGCAAACGUAAAUACUUCUGAUAUAAAAAAUUUUGAACCUAGAUUUCACUUUGCUUUGAUCAAAGAUCUUUCUAGGCUAGUCAAAUCUCAAAUAUCCGAUUCACAUGGUAAAUUAUUUUUCUGUGAUAGAUGUUUGAACCAUUUUAAAUUAGAGCACUCUUACGAAAACCACAGAGCUGAUUGUUACAAAACAAAUAAAGUUCGUAUGACAUUCCCAAAUGAAAAAAACCGAAUUUUGAAAUUUAAAAACUAUAAAAAUAAAGACACAGUACCCUUUGUUAUGUACGCAGAUUUAGAAUGUAUACUUGUGCCCCAAGGAGAUGAUGAAACACAAAAGCACGUUCCACACAGUGUUGCUUUUUAUCGCCAUUGUAGUUAUGACCCAAGUUUAUGUAAAUUUGAAAUUAACCGUUCACCAACGUGUAUUGAGUGGUUCGUAAAAAAACUUGAAAGUUUAGCUAUCGAGGUAGAACACUACUUAAAAAAUCCAAUACAUAUGAAACCACUUACAAAGCAGCAACAAGAAAACCAUGAUCAGGCAACUGUUUGUCACAUUUGCGAGAAGCCAAUAACUUCAAAUACAGAUAAAUGUUAUGAUCAUUGUCACUUUACCGGUAAUUAUCGCGGUCCUGCUCACAUAUCUUGCAACGUCAACUACCAAAAAUCUCAUACAAUCCCUGUAGUUUUCCACAAUUUAUCCGGUUAUGACGCCCAUUUUUUAAUUCGAUCACUAGCUACAGUUUUUCAAGGUAAAGUGCAGUUAUUACCUAUUAACAAGGAACGCUACAUAUCUUUCACAAAAUUUGUUGAAAAUACAUCAGUUUCCUUACGAUUUAUAGAUUCAUUCAGAUUCAUGGCAUCUAGUCUAGAAAAAUUAUCUUCUUUCCUGAGUGACGAUGACAAACAGAUAACCAAAUUGCACUAUCCUGAUACCGAACAGUUUAAACUAGUCACUCGAAAAGGUGUAUUCCCAUAUGAAUACAUUGACAGCAUUGAAAAACUAGAUGACAAGCAGUUGCCUGGUAAAGACGCAUUUUAUUCUAAAUUAAGUAAUGAUAGUAUUUCCGAUGACGAUUACCUUUUCGCUCAAUCAGUUUGGAACAAAUUCAAAAUCAGCAGUCUUGGGGAGUACUCAGAUUUGUAUCUUAAAACUGAUGUACUCCUUUUAGCUGACGUCUUUGAGAACUUCCGUAGUAGCUGCUUUAAGACUUACAGUUUAGAUCCACUGCAUUACCACACAGUUCCCGGAUUAUCUCAUGAUGCAAUGUUAAAGCACACUGGUGUUGAACUUGAACUGCUUACUGAUCCUGAAAUGGUGCUUUUCAUAGAGAAAGGCAUCAGAGGAGGGGUUUCACAGUGUACAAAUCGAUAUGCUGCAUCAAACAACCGUUAUAUGGGUAAAGACUUUGAUCCAAGCAAAGCAGAAUCAUACUUGAUGUAUUAUGAUGUAAAUAAUUUGUAUGGUGCGGCAAUGAGUAUGCCGUUACCGCAAGACUCAUUCGAGUGGGUUGAGAAUGUAACUGAUGUAAAUAGUUUAUUAUAUGAUGAUGAUGACAGUGUAGGUUACAUAUUAGAGGUAGACUUAGACUACCCAGAAGAGUUGCAUGAACUGCACAAAGACUUACCUUUAUGUCCUGAGCAUUUCGUGCCACCGGGUAGCAAAUACUCAAAACUAUCAACCACUCUCUACAAUAAGAAAAAUUAUGUCAUACAUAUAAAAAAUCUACAACAAUGUUUAGAACUAGGGUUAAGACUAGUUAAAAUCAACCGCGUCCUACGUUUCAAGCAGUCAACAUGGCUUAAAUCAUACAUUGAUAAGAAUACAGACUGUAGAAAAGCAGCUAAAAAUGAGUUUGAAAAAAACUUUUUUAAACUGAUGAAUAAUGCAGUCUUUGGUAAGACUAUGGAAAAUGUUCGGAAAUAUCAAGAUAUUCAAUUGAUAACUAGAUGGGAUGGUCGCUAUGGCGCUUCAGAUCUAAUAUGUAAACCGAACUUCCAUAGUCUUACCAUUUUUGAUGAAGACAUGGUUAUUAUACAGCUGAAAAAAGCGAAAGUGUGCUUCAAUAAACCUAUUUAUGUAGGAUUUUCAAUUUUGGAUUUAUCUAAAACCUUUAUAUACGAUUUUCACUAUAAUUAUGUAAAAAAGACGUUUAAAAAUAGUGAUUCAAAACUCAUGUACACAGACACUGAUAGCUUGAUAUAUCAUUUUACUGUACCGGAUAUCUAUGAAAUCAUCAAACGUGAUAUUGUCAAGUUUGAUACCUCUGAUUACCCACCUCUUAACGCUUACAACAUGCCACUAGUCAACAAAAAAGUCCCAGGCUUGAUGAAGGAUGAAAAUAAUGGUCAAAUCAUGACGGAAUUUGCUGGGCUUAGAGCUAAAUUGUAUGCAUUUAAAACGCUCAACAGCGACAAGCCGAAAAAACGUGCAAAGGGGGUUAAAGGUCCUACUUUACGCUCUAUCACGUUUGAUGAUUUCAAACAGUGUCUCUAUGACCAUGUCAAUCUUACCAAGCAUCAAUAUCUAAUAAAAAGUGAAAAACAUGAGGUAAAAACGAUCAGACAGGACAAACUAGCACUGAGCUGGAGUGAUGAUAAGCGACAGCUAAUUGAUGGCAGCACAGAUACCCUACCCUGGGGAUAUUCAACAACAACAACAACAACAACAACAACAACAACUAUGGAUGAUGGAAAAGUCAUAAAGAAAAGAAAAUUAUUGUAA